AUGAAGACUGCCCUGGCCCCCAUUGCCAGAGCCUUCAGGACAUCGGUUCCCUGCCUCACUCCUCCGUCCAUGUACACCUCCACUUGUCCCUCCACUGCCUUCACCACCUCACUCAAAGCAUCAAUCUACAGUGUGCAGAUUGAAGACAGGUGUGAGGGAGAGAGAGGACAACUGACGGUAGCAAGGACUCCGUCCAGCUGUCUUCCUCCGUGGUUAGAGACUAUGAUUCCCUGGACCCCAUGUCUAACUGCCUCCACGGCAUCCUCUGCUGUCAGAAUACCCUUCACCAGAACAGGCAGUCCAGUCAGACCUCGGAUCCAGUCUAUCCCCUCCCACGUCAGACUCGCAUCCAGCAAAUCUCUCGUGUAUCUUUCCAGAGAUGAUCCUUCUAAAGCACUGUCGGAUGUCAGUGAGGACUGCGGAAGUUGAGUGUCGAAAUUUGCCAGGUGGAGAUGGGGAGGGAGGCUGAAUCUAUUGCGAGCAUCUGCAAGUCUCUUGGCCACAACAGGUGCAUCCACUGUCACCACUAUUGCCUUGUAACCGCUCCUCUCUGCUCUCAGAACAAGGUUCCUGGUGAGGUCUCUGUCUCUGUAGAUGUAGAGCUGGAACCACCUCAGACCACUCUCACCACUGGCGCCCGCCACCUCUUCCAGACUAGUGGUGGACCAUGAACUCAACAUCAUACAGGUCUCCAUCUUCCUAGCAGCUGCA